UUUCUAUAACACAUGACGCACGCAGUUCUACGCAAACAAGCAACAGCAGCUAACAAAACUCGGCUUUCUUUUCUCCAAAUAAAAAGCUGCAGCCGGGGGGUCUACUCAACAGAAAAAUCUCCCCCACCUGAUUCUUAAGGAGUACUGCGUUUUGUUUCUGUUUUCCUAAUUUUUCUUUGUUUGCAUCUCUCCGUCCACAUCAUUUGUUUAGGAGCAGCGCAUAAGAAACAAAAGCACGUGUCUGCGUCAAGCCUUUCAAGUGGAAUACGAAUUUUUACAGUUCUUUUAACCCCCUACUUCUGACUCUCCAGCUGCCGUGUUAAAACAAGGAGACUGACGUCAAGCGAAACGUGAAUAAACCGGGGGCAAAGCGCUAGAGGAUGACAGCCGGCAACUGACCCUACUCCGCGUUGUCACCGAUUCAGCCAGCUGUUGUAAACCCGCGCACCUUUCACCUCCUUUGCCGUCCUUCCCGGAUCGUGGGGAGUGAAGAAACAGCUAUAAAGCGACGCGGGGACCACUUUACGGUUAUCUGAACAAUGCCAAGGGAUUGCAUUAUGGAGACUUCAUCUAAAGAAAAUGGUUUUUCUUCUUGGGCUGUUCACCUGCCAGUCAAACAGAAAUCUAUAUCAUUUUUCCACAGACCUCAACUUUGUUUUUCUCAGCUUAAGAUGUUUCUCAUGGCACUGUCAUUUGCAUAUUUUGCUAAGGCUUUAUCUGGAAGUUAUAUGAAAAGUACAAUAACCCAGUUGGAGCGACGCUUUGAUAUUCCUAGUUAUUUGAUAGGAGUUGUUGAUGGAAGCUUUGAAAUUGGUAAUUUACUGGUGAUUGCUUUUGUAAGUUAUUUCGGGGCAAAGAUGCAUAGACCAAAAAUUAUUGGAGCUGGUUGUCUUCUAAUGGCCCUUGGAACAUUUUUAAUUGCAAUGCCCCAUUUUUUAAUUGGCCGGUAUAAAUUUGAAUCAGCAAUUGGAUCCUCACUGAAUUCAUCCAAUACUUUUUCUCCUUGUUCAUUACAUCAUGGAGAGGAUGCAUCUGGUCAUAUAAAUGAUCAGUCUUCUGUCAUCCAAAAUUCUGGUUGUGAAAAAGAGGCAGGGCUGUCCACAUGGAUCUAUGUUUUCCUUGGAAACAUGCUGAGAGGCAUCGGGGAGACUCCAAUACAACCAUUAGGAAUUUCUUAUGUAGAUGAUUUUGCACUUGAAGAAAAUGCAGCUUUUUAUAUUGGUUGUGUUCAAACCAUCUCAAUUAUAGGUCCAGUGUUUGGAUUCUUACUAGGAUCAUUGUGUGCGGGGAUAUUUGUUGAUGUUGGCUUUGUGGAAAUGGACAGUGUUACAAUAACUCCUGCAGACUCACGGUGGGUUGGUGCCUGGUGGCUUGGAUAUUUGAUUGCUGGAGUUAUUUCUUUGUUGUCUGCGGUUCCAUUCUGGUUCCUUCCAAAGUCUCUGCCAGACCCCAGAAAAAGAAGAAAUUCAAAAUCAUCUCCUGAAAAAUCCAGAUUUAUUAAACAAUCUGCAGCUGCUCAUAAGUACAUCGUGGAAGAGCCUGUAAGUUUCACUGAAAUGGCAAAAGAUUUCAUUCCCUCACUGAAAGGACUCCUUGGAAACCCCAUAUAUUUCUUGUACCUCUGUAUAACAAUUGUACAGUUUAACUCUCUGAUUGGCAUGGUAACAUAUAAGCCUAAAUACAUUGAACAGCACUAUGGCCAGUCUGCCUCCAAGGCCAACUUCAUUAUUGGAGCUAUUAAUAUUCCUGCUGUUGCCUUGGGAAUAUUCUCAGGUGGGGUUGUAAUGAAAAAACUGAAAUUAAAUGUGAUAGGAGCCGCAAGAUUUGCACUUGGUACCUCUGUGCUGGGUUUUGUCAUAUCACUUACCUUUUUUGCAAUGGGAUGUGAAAACUCCAAAGUGGCAGGAUUAACCGUUUCAUAUGAAGGCAUCAAGCAUAUCUCCUAUUUUGAAAAAACAUUGUCAGCAGGUUGCAAUUCUGACUGCUUCUGUUCUGUGAAACGCUGGGAUCCAGUUUGUGGAAGUAAUGGAAUAACUUAUAUUUCACCAUGUCUUGCUGGGUGCAAAACAUCAAGAGGUUCUGGAAAAAGCACUGUGUUUGAUAACUGCCAAUGCUUGGAACUAGAUGGCUUUUCAGGUGGAAAUAUAUCAGCAGUACUCGGAGAGUGUCAGAAGAGAGAGGACUGUGAUAAAAUAUUUCCUUAUUUCCUGGCGUUAUCAGUCAUCAGUUCUUUCGUCAUAUCUUUAGGUGGCACACCAGGAUACAUACUGCUUAUUAGAUGUAUCAAACCGGAAUUGAAAUCUCUGGCUCUAGGUUUUCACACAUUAAUCACAAGAACACUAGCUGGAAUUCCAGCACCAAUAUAUUUUGGAGCACUUAUAGAUGCCACCUGCUUGAAGUGGGGCAGCAAAAAAUGUGGAGGCCGUGGUGCAUGCCGCAUAUAUGAUACCAAUGCCUAUAGAAUUGUCUACCUGGGAUUAACAUUAGGUUUGCGAACAUUUUCUUAUUUCUUCUGUGUCAUCGUAUAUAACUUGUUGAAAAAACAGUGCCGAGAGGAAAGCCAAAGUUCAUUAGCUAAAGGUGGAUCAGAAGCUGAAUCUCUGAGGAAAGACGACGGUGCAUCUUUUACCAGCGACAAUUUAAUUUAUGAAACUGAUUGUUACCCAGAAAAGGAAACAUGUUUAUAAAAUGAACUUGUCUAUAUAUUUGUCUCAGAUAAUUUGCCUCUGAAAGUUUAAUUUAUACUGAACAUUUGUAUGAGUUUUAUAGAUUAUGUGAAAUAAAGCCUUUUUUAAAAUAAAUUAACAGAACUGUGUUUAUGAUGGGUUUCUGUGGGAUUAUGUAUGAACUGCUUGAGUUUUUAUCAGACCAUUGAAUAAGUGAUUAAUUCUUAGUUCUUUAAUUCUGGCAAACUCCAAUAAACAUCUCUUUGGAUUUUACCUGUUCCCUAUGAAGAAUGUCAUGUUGACUCAUCCACAUUCUUCUCAACUCCAUUCCAUUCAGGUCUUCAAACAUUACAUGGUCGUGGCCAUUAAUAAUUGUUUUGAAGUUUUUGUCUUCGGUCAGCUGGGCCAGCUAUAUUCUGCUAUGUCACAGCCGUAGCAGAGUGAGACACAUUACAAAAUGUAUGUUCCUGUUCCAUAUGUUGCUUUGGACACCAGUCCAUCAUAUGGUCAGUUUGAAACCAUCCAUUAACUGUAUACACACCCUUAUAUUUGGAAAAUGUGAGAGGAAAUGCCAAGUGCAUAGAGAAAAACACAAACGUGGAAAGAACAUCCACAUUCCAAAUGGACCACAAGUGGAUAUUGCAUUUAAACCCAGGACAACAGAGCCAUGAGGUGGUAGCACUGUCUACUGGGCUACUGUGCCACUAGUAGAAAUAUAUCUCUUCUAUUCAUUUUUUAAAAGGUGAGAUUGUGUAAAUAGUAUUCAUUAAGCCUGAUACUACUUAAUUGACUAAAUCAAUACAGAAUUAAUUUUGGAACCAAGAAUACCAAACAACAGCAUUCACCUCCAGAUUCCUCAAUGACACAUUGUAGUAAGCCUACAUAACACUACAAGCGGGUUGGCUUUCUGGACUGACCGUUACUGUAUUAUAUGGCCUGGAGGUUGUCUAAGAAAGAUCCCUUCAGGCGUGAUUGUGAACAACCAAGUUCUGGUAGGACCCCACCCAGUAAGGAUUCCAGCUAUCUAGUGCAGGCGUCAUGUUGCUAUGUCAUCUAAGCAAGAAAUGGAUGUUUCCGCGGGAAACUUUUCUAUUUAAAGGGAAUUGCUGUGGUGUAGUGGGUCCACAGCUCAAGUCAAAAAGGCCACUUUUUAAAUAAAUAGUCACCACACUUGUGGCUUAGAGAGGGGGCAUGGUAGUGGUAGUGGUAGUGGUAGUGGCAGGUUCCCGGGUGAAUUUGUGAUGUGGGCGGUCCUCGCUUAAGUGCACAGGUGAGGAGUUGUCUGCAUCUGUAUUUGAUGCCGGGAGCUGCUGAUUGCCACACCUGAUCCGUCCCCUGGAUAAAUAAUAUAAGCGCAAGGAGGCUAGGGGGUAAGAGAGAAAGAAUGGAAUGAACGGAGGUUAGAAGAAGAAGAAGGCAGGAAGCAGGGAGGAGAAAGCUGGUGUGUGAGUGAGUGAAUGUGCUCUCAGUUGAGAGAGAAAGGCAGCUAGACAGUGUGCCCUUGUGGGGUGUUUGGCCGGCACCCCGGGAGCAGUUGGUAGUUGUCACUCCCACUUAGCAUUAGUAAGGAGCGGGAGUGACCGGAAGGAGGAUGGCUCACUGCAUAAGGCCGAGAAGGCAGCAGGAGUCAGGACUUAGGAUGUGAAAGCCCCAGCAUGAGCGCCCUGGUCACUGGGGAGCCAAAGUCACAGUAUGGUGAAGCCUACCAGAGCCAGGGAUCAGAAAGGCGAACAGACCAGCAGCAGGAGGCAGAGAGAAGGUCAGCUGCAAGUAGGGUG